AUGUUCGAGGACUCAACUCAAAGUGAAACAUGGUUGCAUGAAGGAGUUGCUAAUUCUGAGCUUUUUCCUAUGGGAUACAACGUAUUUCGCUGCGAUAGAUUAACAUCAAGAGGGGGAGGUGUCCUUAUAGCUAUUAAGGAUAAAUAUUCGGCAUGCUGUGUUAUUUCUAAAUCACCUAUUCCGGAAAUAGAGUUAGUUGCUGUACAAAUAUCUAGCGGUUUACAGAGCUUCGUAAUUGCAUCGCUAUAUAUCCCACCAGGACUUGUACAUAAUAUAUAUGAUCGUCUAUUAGAAUAUUUAGAAGCAACUAUUGCCUUUACGCACCCAGUACUUAUAACAGGUGACUUUAGUAUCCCUGAAUUUGUUGACUGUUUAAAUGGUAUGGGAAUGUCGUAUCUUUUCAAUAUUUUUAAACACUUUCUCAGCCUUAAUAGCCUCACCCAGUGGAAUACAAUUCUGAAUCACAAUGCACGUUUACUUGAUUUGGUUGUGUCAACCAAGGAUGUUAUCACUAACAUUUCCAAAGAGGAGUUCCCAUUAGUUCGUGAAGAUUUACAUCAUCCCUGCUUAAGUAUAAAUAUUACAGUUAAACUAGUUGAAAGCUCAUAUUUUCGGAAUAAUCCAAAUUCGUUCUAUUUUAAUUUUAAGAAAGCUGAUUUAGUUGGCCUCUAUUCAUCAAUAUCGACGUUUGAGUGGUCUAAAAUAGAGGAAAUUAAACAAGUUGAUACAGCUUGCAACUAUUUUUAUGAUGUAUUGUUUGAUUUGUUCUCACAGUUUGUACCAUUAAGUAGUGGCCAUUCAAAACGACAUAACUAUCCUAUAUGGUUCACUAAAUCUAUAAUCGAUGCAAUCAAACAAAGGCGAUAUCAUUGGAAUAAGUACAAGAAAACUGGUAUAAUUAAUCACUUAGACAAACACAAAGAACUGAGGCGUAAAAUUAAGUAUGAUAUACGUAAUGCAUAUUCUUCGUUUUUAAAAAAUGCUGAACAUUCCAUUAAAGAUAAUCCAAAAAAUUUUUGGACGUUUGUUAAUAAUAAGAAAAAUCAAAGUAGGAUCCCUGGAAAUAUGAUUUCUGAUGGUAACACAUUCACAUCGUCGCAAGACAUCGUUGACGCCUUUGGUCACCUAUUUGCUGGGGUAUUUAGUUCUAGUGAUAAUCAUAUAUGUGGUCAGUAUUGUGAUAAUAUUCGUUGUGAAUUCUGUGAUAAAAAGUGCUGUCCAUCUUUACAAUUGAAAUCUAGCUGUGAAUCUUCUUCUGUUCUACAUCCUUUUAAAAUAAAUGAGUCUGACGUUGUUAAGGCCGUUAAAAGAAUUAAGUCUAAUAACAUUGCAGGUCCUGACCGGGUUCCUGCAUUUAUUGUAUCUGACUGUAUUAGUUGUUUCGUAGUACCUCUUCUUCAUAUUUUUAAUUUAAUCAUAAAAACAUCGGUAUACCCCAGUAGCUGGUUAAUAUCCAGAGUCUGUCCAGUUUUCAAAAAUGGUGAUAAGUUUGAUAUUAAUAAUUACAGACCUAUAGCUAUAUUAUCAAAUUUUGCUAAAUUGUUUGAAAGUAUCUUGUCCAAUGUCAUAUAUGCACAUGUAGUUAAUUUUAUUUCGAAUGAUCAACACGGCUUUAUUAAGGGUAAAUCAACAUCAACUAAUUUAUUUGAAUUUACUCAGUUGGUAUCUCAAGCACUGGAUAAUAGGUUACAAGUUGAUGUGAUUUACACCGAUUUAACUAAAGCUUUUGAUAAAGUCCACCAUUGUAUUCUACUGAAAAAACUGCAGAGAUUUGGUUUUUGUGCCAGCUUAGUUUCAUUGUUAAAAGCCAUGGUUAUGAACAGAUUCCAGUACGUGGAAUAUAAUGGUUACAAAUCGCGUGAAUUUAGUUGUAAUAGUGGAGUAGCGCAAGGGUCAAAUCUAGGACCGCUUUUAUUCAUUAUAUUUUUUAACGACAUUUCUGAAUACAUCAACUCCAAAUUUUUUGUAUACGCUGAUGACUUGAAGCUCAUUAAGUUUAUAAACUCAUCGUCUGACUGUUAUGAUUUGCAAGACAGCAUUGACUCCUUUUUAGUGCUAUUUUUGUCCAAACUAGGUGCAAUUUUUUUGGUGGUCGUUCAAACCUAUCAAUUUUUAGCUCGAUUCGAAGUCGAUUACUUCGUUCAGGAUGGGCCGUCAUAUUUCAUUGGACUAUAUAUACUAACCUGUCUAUUAGCACAACCUUUGGUAACAGACACAGUAGAAUCCAUCGCAGAAAGCGUGGAGCAAAACAAUUCGCAAAGCAUCAUCAAAUCCAUUCCAAAAAGAGCAAAAAUAAGUGCCUUCUACUCUUUCAUCUAUGUGGUCUGGACUACGAUGACUUCCGUACUAGCGGCAAUUUCGAUAAUGAUUCCAACCAAAGCCGAUGAUAAUUUUUUCUUUGUUUUCAAACUAGCAGACAUGUGUUUAGCUAUUCCCUUAACGUACGUGGGCGCGACUAUAACUUGUUUCAACUUAUUGUACUCAUUGCAAGUUGUCAAUCUUGAAGUUCAGAGGUGCCUGCAACAAAUAAAAAAAACUAACGCAACAAUAGCAGCGAACCAAAAGGAAAUUACCAGAAAUCUGAAACGUUUGCUAAAUUCGUUUUCAUCCAGCGAGAUUGUCUGGGAGGCAGCAAAACGGGCGCAGUUUAUAAUAUUUCCACUGAAAAUUGUGGGUUCUGCGUUAAUGAUGAGCAUCGUCGUAUUUACUUUUGGGUAA